CCACGGCAGUGAACAGUUGCGUCCGCCGCCACUAGCGUCGUCAAACACAGACAACAUGGAUCUCAUAAACCCAUAUAUGCGACAUCACAGUUUCGCCACAAGUCAGAGCAGCUCACCGUCGGCUAUGGCAAUGGCUUCGGUGGCCAAUCGCAGUCCAACUACCGGCGCUGUUGCCUUGCAUCACCAUCUACCAAAUGCCGCCGGUUUAACGAACGGUUUCGCAGAGGCAGCCGCCGCAGCUGCUGCCGCGCACCACGACUAUCAAAAUUUGGCUGCUGCCGCGGCGAGUCGCGAACAUUUGCUUGACUAUCAUAGCGCGGCGGCGGCAGCUGCAUAUGCUGCGAAUAACAAUAAUCUUACCAGCCCGCUUAUGUUACUGAAAGCGCCUACGAAACAAUUGCACAGCUUGCAUGCGUGCGGCACAAAGUCGGCGCGUUCUGCAGAAGACUCUUCCACACCACCGCCGUUGCAUUCGGCGAGUAGUGGCGGUGGCGCUGGUGCUGAUCAUUCCUCCAUCGCUUCUUCGUCCCGCCUGCAAUCCGAGUCGCCUGAUAACUGCGCCAAUUCGCUACACCAACGCAAUCGGUAUGACAAUAACUCCAGUCCAGGCGUUGAUAGCUCCAAAUCCUAUCCGGUUAGUCAACGUAGCGGUAGUGGUGGCGAAGAGGCGGGCAAUAAUAGUGAAUCAAGUCCGCCACCGCCCGACUAUAGUCCAGAGAAUCUUUCCGCCAGUCGCGCUAAAUAUGCAUCCGCGUUACAGGCAACACAUCACAACAAUAACAACAGCAUUGGUGGUGUGCAUCCGUUAGGCGUACAUCACAACAACAAUAAUAAUAUGUUGGAACACAAGUUGCCGCUGAGUUUUCUCGGACCACCAUUGGCAGCUCUACACUCAAUGACUGAGAUGAAGACUGGUGGCGGUGCGUCGGGCAUGAUGAACGGUUAUGCGAACAGUCAACAGACGCAUUUGAUGGGUGAGCGCCACGGUAGCGGUAGUGUGGUGGGCAGUGGUAUAUCCGGCUCAAUAACAACGACGACAACAACUCAUACGCAAGGUGCGGCUAAUCCGCAUGGCAUCGAUACGAUAUUGUCGAAACCACCGCCGGUUACAUCGGCGGGUCUAAGUGCUUUAACUGGAGGUGGCAUACCACGAUUUUCGAUCGCUGCCGCCGCUGCUGGCAUGGCUCAGUACUUGUCACAAAGCCAAGGGGCGCCCUUGAAGACACACGCUGGCCAUAUAGUGGAACGAACUCAUUUGUAUUGGCCUGGACUGCAAGGAUUGGUAGCAAAUCCAAUAGCGUGGCGUGAAAGGCUGUCGAAUACAAUGUCGGCCAGUCUCUCACAGGCGCAUCAACACCAUCAAAGCAACGACAAGGAUGGCAAGAAGAAGCAUACCCGCCCAACAUUUAGUGGACAGCAAAUAUUUGCGCUGGAAAAGACAUUCGAACAAACCAAAUAUCUGGCUGGACCAGAACGAGCGAAACUCGCCUAUGCCUUAGGGAUGACUGAAUCACAAGUGAAGGUUUGGUUCCAAAAUCGGCGCACCAAAUGGCGCAAGAAACAUGCCGCUGAAAUGGCCACCGCCAAGCGGAAACAGGACAUUAUGGGCGGCGGCGAACCGGACGGCGACUGCAGCGAGACAAUGGAUAGUGACAACGAGAGUUUGGAUAUGGGCGAAAACCCGGCGCAGAGCAAACGUUGUCGUAUGAGUGAUAAUUACCGUUAGGAGCCGCUGAAAUCUGAAAAUAGUAAAAAAAUAUAACCUUAAAAUACAAUAUAAAUUAAUAGUUAAUAUUUCAUUUACUUAACCGCGCCUCUUGGUGAUACAUAAUUAUGUUUUAGGAAAAAUGAUGAGUUUUAAUGUAGCCUUGUGAAGGUGUACUAGGUUAGUCCCAAACUUUUGCAAUUUUCAAAAUAAUUUUUGUAUUUACUUUAACUUAGCAAUGUAUUGUAACUGUAAAAAAACAGGAUAAACGAAAGAUUUCUUCGCGCUUGUAAAUAUUUCUGCAUAUUUUUUGAAUGACU